UGAAUAUUAUUUAUAUUAUAACUAGAUUACAUUACAGUCUUUGAAUUCUAUAGAAGAAAAGUCGGGUACACGGCGUUGAUAGGGCUUCAUCGUAUUUUGAGCGUAUUAUUUAAUUAACUAUUUACCUCUGCUAGCACGCAAUCUAGUCGACUCUCAGUGUUGAACAUAAAAUGUACAAUACCUUUUUCGCGUAUUAAUUCAUAUACAUAUUAAAAAUGGGUAUAAAGAUUAUUACCGCCGUUCUUAUUCUUAUUUCUUUAGUACAGUUUCUCGUAGUCGAUGCACGACAAUUUAGAGUGACUGAUCAAGUUUAUUUAGAUAUAGAACGAGAAGAUAAAACAAUUGGAAGGAUAGUUAUAGGAUUAUUUGGUGACUUAGCGCCUCGUGCAGUGAAAAAUUUUAAAGUGCUCGCUACAAAGGGUAUCAAAGGAAAAUCUUAUAAGGGCACACGAUUUAACCGAAUAAUUAAAAGAUUUAUGAUACAAGGAGGAGAUGUGGUAAAUGACGAUGGUUCUGGAUCUAUAAGUAUUUACGGCGAGACAUUCGAUGAUGAAAAUUUAGAUACGCAGCAUAAUAUUGCUGGAUUCGUGUCCAUGGCUAACAGAGGAAAGAAUACUAACGGAUGUCAAUUUAUAAUUACGGCAACAGGCACACCGUGGCUGGACGGAUUACACACUGUAAUAGGAAAGGUGGUGGAAGGUCAGAACUUAGUACACGUGGUGGAGCACACGCCGACUGACGGCGACGACCGGCCCACGCUGCACGUCUACAUCGCCGACUGCGGCCUCGUGCCCACGCCGCAGCCCUAUUAUAUAUCCGAUGAUCCUUAUGAUCUGUGGGCUUGGAUCAAAGCUUCGGCGGUACCUUUGAGCAUGUCGUUUUCAAUCCUGGGAUUUUUUCACUGGAUGAUAAAGAAAAUGGAAAUUUGAACAACCGAAUUCCAAAUUAAACAACAAUCGAA